GUGAGCAAUGUACACCCUGUUGGCCAGUCAGAAAUAAGCCCUGAGUUACAGCACUGUGUUGACUGGCUUCAGUGCUACUUCAUGAAACCCGAGUCCAUCAGUGCUCUUCCUUUGCCUACCUUACACAAUCCGCUAAUGCAGAGUGACUCUUUUAAAGCACAUGUGCUGUGGACUCUGUUUAAGGAAGUGCGACUUGGUAAAAUGGUCUCCUACAAGCUGCUUGCUGAAAUGAUUGGGAAUCCAAAAGCUGUGCGAGCAGUGGGUUCAGCCAUGAAGAAUAACCCGAUUCCCCUGAUCGUGCCGUGCCACCGGGUGCUGCGUAGUUCAGGGGACAGUGGCUCAUAUAUUGGAGGAAAGGGAGAUGAUAUUAAAGUUUGGUUGCUCACUCAUGAAAAAAAGCAUUGGAGCUCAAUGCAUCAAACAGUGAAAAAUCCAUCUGAUGGACCCCAAAACCACUUCACACUGCUUCUCAGUUUGUCCACAAACUUUUUGUUCAUUACAUUUUUUGAUUGA